AUUUUCCCCAAUUUACUCGACUCGAAUAUAUUGGAAGUGGACCAUUUUGUGCAUUUGUGCAGGAAUGGCGUACCUUGUCUAGCUGAAGUAGCUGAGGUACGGGUACGGGGACAGUAAAAUGAUGUACGUACGUGUUAGUGGAGUCAACUAAACUCGGGUGCCGGGCACUUAAAGUUCCGUGCGCCAGACGCCGGAUAGAAGUCCCGGAUAGGGAAGAGUGAAAGAUAGAUGACAUGACAUUGCUCAUUAUUGCUGACACAAAACCCACGACUUCAAUAUAUUCAAUAUGAAUAAAUAUGUAUUAAAACCCGCAGAAACUGCAGAAACUGCGACUCUCCCCAGUAUUACCAACACAAUGCUCCUCGUACACUCAUUGUCGUCAAAUGCGUACCGACUCUCCUGUUGUGCAUUACUGCACUAUCUGCACGGUCUGCACCCAAACUCCGAUGCAAUCCUGCCGUACGGGAUCCUCAGUUUCCACUUACCUCAUGAAUCGUCUAGGAAAGACAUUAUCUCCGUUUAGACUCAUUCUUCGGCUCGCCGGAUGCUCCAGUCUCAGAUGUUCACCGAGUCGACCGUGUCCUUCCAUGAUACUCAAACCGAUAGGAGAAGAAUCAAGACCUACUGGCACCAGCAAGACUCUAAAUUUAAGCAACGCCGUCAUGAGGACCAUCGUGCUACGGCGUUUGAGACCCCACCUCCAUUCGACUGCGGCCGGGAAACCCCUCGUUUUCUGCGGCGACUCUAGUGCUUCCCACGACAUUUCGUAGACCCUCGCUGCUACGAGAACUGCCAGUAUCACAUCACACCAGUGCUACUGGACAGCGGGAAUGUAGGACUACAGUUUUCGCCUCCCACACAAGCCCCCCUCCUCUCUAUUACAGAGAUAGCCACGACUCGUUGAUGUGGCCUCCAACGAAGAGGGCUAGUUCAAAUAUAGGGCAUAUGUUCUUUAUCAGGUCUUCUCGAAGAUGGCAACGACAGCAGUGGAAGUUGGCUAUCCGUUGUUCCACACAUUUGACGUGGCGGUCGGUGGCACAAAGGCCUGCUUGGAUACUGACUGAAUAAUACAAAAGCGGGCACAGCAUGGCCGUAUGGCUGUAGAAUGUGCACAUAAGCCGCCUUCGUCUACAUUUGAUUAUAGUAGGCCUAUAAGCAUAUCUCAGUACAGCAUGGGCAUGACGCUGUGGGACACCGAAAUUGCGUGAGAUGGAGUAGAAUAUCCAGAAACUUCUCCUAUCACCAUUGCCGUUCUCCCGAAGCCUUCUUCCUCAUACCACCUCCAAGGUACACAAAACAGCAGUGUGUAAUGCACGCCUACAUUUUCCGGGAACAUAUUGUACGCCACUUCAGUGCAUGUGGCCAUUCCAAGCAAUCCGGACGUAAACAUCACCAAAGACCCUCAAUUCUCACCCCCAGCGAUCACAUCCCUGUGCUACCCUAUCCCCCAGCCUUGCACCCAGCCUCGCGCUAGGGGUGCACCGCGGCUAAAAGUCUCCCUCACGAAUCGCGCCGCGACACAAUUCGGCGGUACCCCCAGACGCGCGACACCUCAAGCCAUCACCAGAGUUCAAUCGACGACAUCACCACGCCGUACCAUGCCAGUCCCACACUAAGCGCGCAAACAUGCAUUUCAUCCGACCGGCGUGGCUGACGCACAGUGGCGAACAGAAGGACUUCGAGGUCUACUCCUGCCACGUCUCGCCCGAUGGAAGCCGUGUCGCGACGGCGGCGGGAGAUGGCCAUGUGCGCAUCUGGAGCAUGGAGGCUAUUCGCAAUGCGGCGAAUACAGAGUACAAGGGCCCGAAGCAGUUGUGCCAUAUGAGCUACCAUAGUGGCACGAUUCAUACGGUCAGGUUUAGCCCCGAUGGCCGCUGGCUGGCUAGUGGUGCUGAUGAUAAGAUUAUUUGCGUUUAUCACUUGGAGAAGGAGCCCCCGGCGCAUGGGGCAAGUUUCGGCACCAAUGAACCUCCGCCUGUCGAAAACUGGAAGAUCCUCAGACGUCUCAUCGGACACGAUAACGACGUGCAAGACCUAGCAUGGUCCUACGACUCCUCGAUCCUGGUGUCCGUCGGCCUCGACUCCAAAAUCGUGGUGUGGUCCGGUCAUACGUUCGAGAAGCUCAAGACCCUUUCCGUGCACCAAAGUCACGUCAAGGGCAUCACCUUCGACCCCGCGAACAAAUACUUCGCAACCGCCAGCGACGACCGCACCAUCAAGAUCUUCCGCUUUACAUCACCCGCGCCGAACGCCACGGCGCACGAUAUGGUGAAUAAUUUCGUGCUCGAGCAUACCAUCGCGAAUCCGUUCAAAUCGAGCCCGCUCACUACAUACUUUCGCCGCUGCUCGUGGAGUCCGGAUGGGAAUCAUAUCGCUGCGGCGAACUCGGUUAAUGGUCCUGUUAGCUCCGUGGCGAUCAUUAAUCGCAGUCAGUGGGAUAGCGAUAUUGCGCUCAUCGGCCAUGAGGGGCCGGUGGAGGUGUGUGCGUUUGCUCCGAGAUUGUUCAGUAGCAGGGCGCAAGGGCCGGAAGAUACGGAUGCCAAUGGCUUCAGUACGCAGCCUUUGACUUCUGUGAUUGCUUGUGCUGGUCAGGAUAAGGCUUUGACGGUUUGGAAUACGAGCACGUCGAGGCCGCUGGUUAUUGUGCAAGACCUGGCUCAAAAAUCUAUUUCCGAUCUUGCCUGGACACCGGAUGGACGGACCCUGGUUGUCACUAGUUUGGAUGGCACCAUUCUUGCGGUCGCCUUUGAACUUGGAGACCUUGGCUAUGUGGCUCGAAUUGAAGAGAAUGAUAAGGUAUUGCAACGCUUCGGUGUUGGUCGCAAGGGCGUGGGCGUCAUCGAGGACGUUGCAGGUCUUCGUCUAGAGGAGCGCAGCAGGGCCGGAGAGCUUCGCGGAGCAGAAGGGAGGAUGGGCGCGCUGAUGGGCGAUGGAGCUACUGAGGCGCGCCCGGAAAAGAAUGGGGUUUCAAUCACAAAUGGUGAUAGCAAGGUUGCCGAUAAGGGGGCUUCAACACCUGCAACGAAUGGGACGGACAAAGAUGCCGCUCCCACACCUCCAGCAGAGGAGACGAACGCUGCCAAGAUCGAAGCAAUGAAGAAGAGAGUAACGAUCACGAAAGAGGGAAAGAAGAGGGUAGCUCCCCUCCUCGUAUCCUCCUCCGGCACCGGCCAAUCCUCACUCCCCCAAUCCCAACUCAUGGCCGCCAGCUCCAACAACGCCACAAGCGAAGCCCCCCAAUCCAUCCUCGACCUCUCCAAGCCCUACGACGGCCUCCCCUCCGGCGGCCUCGCCUCCAUGCUCCUGGGCAACAAGCGCAAAGCCGUCGUCCUCGAAACCGGCGACGAAGACGAGACCGGCGCCAAACGCCUCAACGGCACCACCACCAACGGCACCAUCCCCAUCAUGCGCAACGGCGUCGACGGCGUCGAGCCCGCCACCGCCACCCCGACACGCGGGCAGGAAGUAACCCCUGAAUUCAUCCGCCCCGCCGUCGUGGACCCGGUAAUGUCAGUCUCACAAACGCGUCUCUCCGUCCCGAAAGUCCGAACGCACAUCCUGCGGUCCCUCAAUCGCGGCGGUCUACCCACUACCAAACCCCUCUCCAAUGGCGCGGCACCAGACGACGACGCUGCCAAAAACGCAGACGAUGUCAUAUUCGAAGCCCGCAAUGACGCGCGCACAGGCGCACACGCUAAUGAACCCACGCGCAUCACAGCACUCAAGCGCUCCGCAGUCCUCUGGCAAGACUUCCUCCCCCGCCCCGUGCUGCUCGUGACGGGGAACAAAAACCUCUGGGCUGCGGCAUGUGAAGACGGGUCUCUCUAUGUCUGGACCCCCGCGGGCCGGCGCCUCCUCAACGCGCUCGUGCUUGAAGCCCAGCCUGUUAUACUAGAAUGUCGAGGGUGGUGGCUCCUCUGCAUCACAGCGGUGGGGAUGUGUCACGUCUGGAACAUCCGCACGUUGUCGUCGCCGCAUCCGCCGGUGAGUCUGGCCCCCGUGCUGGAUGCGGCGGUGAAAUCGCUGUCAUCUCACACUGUCCCCGGACCGGGAAUAACCUCCGCACACCUCAAUUCCACGGGGAAUAUCGUCCUUACUCUCACUAACGGCGAUGGGUACGCCUAUGCUCCCGCCCUGUACGUGUGGCAGCGCCUCAGCGAGGCCUGGUGGGCCGUCGGCUCGCAGUACUGGAAUAGCAAUGACUCCUCCGUCUCCGCUCUCCAAAGCACCGCCGUCGGCGGGCCAUCCACCUCCACCGCGCCCGAGACCCUCGUAUCCGCCGGCAUAAUCCCUCAUCUCGAGCGCCAUACCACCGCUGAGGUGUUGCUCAAGGGGCGCGCAUACAUGCUCCAGCGCCUCGUCAAGGGUGUGUUACCACGCCCUGGCUUCGAGAGAUUCGAAAGCGCGGUUAGUGUUGCGCAUCUGGAGAAUAGGGUGGCGGGUGCGCUGGGGCUGGGGGCCAGGGAGGAAUUUAGGUUGUAUCUGUAUAUGUAUGCGAAGCGGCUUGGGGCAGAGGGGGCGAAGGGGAAGGUGGAGGAGUUGUUGAGGGGGUUGCUUGGGGGGAUUCUGGAGGAGGGAACUGCAGAGGGGGAGGGGAAGGGGUGGAUGGCGGAGGGGGAGACGAUUUGUGGGUGGGAUCGGAGGGAGUUGUUGAAGGGGGUUGUGUUGAUUCUUGGCAAAUUCCGCGAUCUCCAACGCGUCACAGUCCAGUACGCUCGCGUGCUAGAUAUGGUAGACGAUGAGGACGCGAUGGAGUCUACCUGAGCUUAUCUUAUCGUUUCCACUGGAGUUUUCAUGGGUCCUGGUUUUGCGUUUUGCUAGGUUGCUAGGUUGCUCUUUUGCUUUCGGGUGGCGGGG